AUGGAGUUAACAGACUCUGAGUCACAAUCAGAGGACAAUGCCUUGGAAGAUGUAUUCGGAAGUAAUCAACAAAGUACUGAUAUCAACCCUUUUGAUAAGAAUAAUGUGCGACUUCGAAUCUUAAAAUGUGCAGCUAAACAUGGCAACUGGGUCGCAUUAGCAUCACGAUUAGGAAUUAAAUAUAAAACCGCAUAUAGUUGGAUAAGAGGUAGAAGACAUAACUGUCCACCUCCUCGAAGAGGAGCUUACAAACUCCUCUCAUCCGAUGAUAUCGACACAUUAAUUCGAUGGAUAGAAGAUGAUCCAACAUUAACUCUAAAACAAAUUCGGGAAAGAAUUUUUCGUGAAUUUGAUGGAAUGGAUAUUAGUGUCAACACAAUUUCAAGCUAUCUCUUAGAGCGCCAAAUAUCCAUAAAGACGUAUGAACCAAAUUUACUAAGCAUAGGUAAAGAAGACACUCAAGAAGCGCGUUGCAAAUAUAUUAAUCGGAUUACAACAGCAGUGCAAUCAGGUAAAAGCAUCAUCUGGAUAGCAGAAAUCAGUUUUAGUAUCUGCUGCAAUAGCACUCAAGAGGUUGAGAUUGAAAUUAGGAAUCCUGUCCCUUUACCUAGUAGCAAGAAUCCAAAUGUUCACCUGAUCGUUGCCAUGGCCGACAAUGGUAUUAUUAAGAUUACGAAAAAGAAACAGUAUUUCAAAGAGCAAAAUCUGAAUUAUUGGAUAGUAAGAUUAUUGAAAAACCUUAAAUCUCAAGGAAUGUCACUCGAUAACGUGGUGUUAAUUUGCGAUCUUCCCAAAUCGCGUCAAUCUAGUCUUCAAUUAAAGAUUUUUGACAUAAAUCCUCAGAUAAAACUAUUUCGGUUAGGGCCUUACGCAUCAUUAUUAAAUCCAGCUGAAAUGUUAUGGUCUAAAAUAAAGGCAUUUAUUAAAGCCAAUCUUCGUAAAUGUAUGAUGACUCGAACCAUUAGUCGCGAACAACGCUUCGUAUACCUUCAAAACUUUAUCCAUAAUGCCAUCGUUUCCUUGACAGAUAGCGAUAUUCAAAAAGCCUCACAACGUAUGACCAAUUUCCAAGUGUGA